AUUCCGUGGAGAUGUUCGGGGCAAGAUUCGUCGACGCAAACGAGAAAUGAGUGAUUGUGGACAUCGGGUGGUGAUUACCUCGUCGACGCCGUCUCGUCUCACCAACUUCGUUCCGUAUUGCCAUCGCAACCCGAGGAGCGGUGCUGUGCGAUCGCCAUGAAUCUCCAGGUGCCACAGGUUGGGGGAGUGACCAGGAGUGUGCGAUACAGCAUCGCUGGAGCCAUGGGAGGAGACGGAAGGCAGAGUGUAUGCCUCAUACCGUUCGCGGCUGACAGAAAACUCAAGAAAUCCUGGAUUGAAUGCACCUUUCAAAAGAGGGACUGCGUCAAGUUUAUACCAACUAAAGCAGAACCGGAAAGAUGCGGAUGCGGCGAGCUUUUGGGCGGCCACACGCUGUCGGCGCGGCCGUCGCUUACGUCACAAGGUGGCCAGGCACAGCCCCCCGAGUCAGAAGAGCACUGGUCCAUCUCAAGACACACGGACGUGUCACCCACCAACGCGUUCGGCACCAUCGAGUUCCAGGGCACCUCGCACCCGCUGAAGGCGCAGUACGUGCGCCUGGUGAGUGACAGCCGUCCCGAGCACGUGCUGCAGCUGCUGACACGCGAGUGGCAGCUCGAGCUGCCGAAGCUUCUCAUCACCGUGCACGGCGGCAAGGCCAACUUUCACCUGCAGGCAAAGCUCAAGAAGGUGCUGUGCCGAGGCCUGGUGCGCGCCGCGAAGACCACCGGCGCGUGGAUAUUCACCGGGGGCACAAACACCGGUGUGACGCGUCAUGUUGGAGAGGCCCUCCUCACAGAAAGGACGCCGCAGCUUCGAGGCCGUGUGGUAGCAAUCGGCAUCGCCCCCUGGGGCAUCAUCGAAAACAGGAAAGACCUGAUAGGGGCCAAGCGGGUUGUGCAGUACUACAGCAUCUCGUCGCCCAAAAGCCGCUUUGCAGUACUCAACCAGCACCACUCCUACUUUGUGCUGGCCGACAACGGCACGACGGGAAAGUACGGCGCCGAGAUCGGCCUCCGGAAACGCUUGGAGAAGCACAUCUCCAGGCAGAGGUUUUACCACCGUUCCAGCGUGCAGUGGUGCGGCAUUCCCGUUGUGUGCGUGAUUGUCGAGGGCGGCCUCAACACGGUGCGCACUGUGCUCGAAUACGUGACCGACCUUCCUCCGGUGCCCGUGGUGGUUUGCGACGGAUCGGGACGGGCCGCCGAUCUCAUCGCCUUCGCGCAUCGAUACAUACCCGACGACGAGAGCAAGUUGCCCGAGGGUUUCCGCGAGCAACUCAUCACCACCAUCCAGAGGACGUUCCAGAUACAGCAAGAGCAGGCCGAACAAGUCUACGUGGAACUCCUGCAGUCCAUCAAGAAGAAAGACCUUAUAACGGUCUUCCGCAUGGGAGAAGGCCCCUGCAAGGAACUCGACCAGGCAGUCCUGUCGGCUCUGCUCAAAGGCCAGUAUCUGCCACCUGUGGACCAGCUGAACCUGGCCCUGACUUGGAAUAGGGCGGACAUCGCACGAUCGGAGAUCUUCGUCUACGGCCAAGAGUGGCCGCCGGGCGCGCUGGAGCAAGCAAUGAUGGACGCGCUUGCCAUGGAUCGAGUAGACUUCGUUCAGAUCCUGCUGGAGAACGGCGUCAGCAUGCACAAGUUCCUGACCAUACCACGCCUCGAGGAACUCUACAGCACCAAACAUGGACCCAGCAAUACCUUUCGCUUUCUGGUCAAAGAGGUGCGCAAGAACCUUCCUUCCGGCUACCGGUACACACUCUACGACAUUGGCCUGGUGGUGGAGAAGCUCAUGGGCGGCGCCUACCGGUCGGCCUACUGCCGACGGAAGUUCCGAAACCUCUACUCGACUGUCAUGCGCCGCAUGUCCACGGCCCCUACGCUGCACACGGCCCUGAAUACCGAAGCCUCGUUGGCCCUCUUGGGCUCCGAAUCGACAUUCUCGCACCCGUUCAACGAACUGCUUAUCUGGGCAGUGCUGAUGAAACGCCAGCGCAUGGCCAUAUUCAUGUGGCAGAACGGCGAAGAAGCCAUCGUCAAGGCCCUCGUGGCCAGUCGGCUCUACUGGGCCAUGGCGCACGAGGCUGCGCAAGACGACCUCGAAGCAGACGCUUCCGACGAGCUCAGGCAGAAUGCACGGGAAUUCGAGAAGCUUGCGCUGGACCUUUUGGACUACUGCUACCGUCAAGACGAAAACACGACGCUGCAGCUACUGACGUACGAGCUGCAGAACUGGAGCAAGCAGACUUGCCUGGGUCUCGCCGUUGCCGCCAAUCAUAGCGGAUUCCUUGCCCACACAGCCAAUCAGAUGCUGCUUGCCGAGCUCUGGAUGGGCGCACUCCGGACCCGAAAGAAUGUCAGCCUCAAGGUGAUCCUGGGGCUCUUGUUUCCGCCGACGGUGCUCUGGCUUGAGUUCAAGUCGAAGGAAGAGCUGCAGCUGAUGCCGCAGACCGAGGAAGAGCAUUACCUGGACCUGCAGGACGACGAGGAAGAUUCGAACCCGGACGUGGACGACCCACCGGGUGGAGUGCUCAACCCUCCGGGCGUGAUUAACCUCGACCCCGAAACGCUCGGAGGCCCGCUGUCCCGCAAGUGCUCGUCAGUCUUCAACCGUCUCGAGAACGGCAGCCUCUUCCCGGUGGACACCGAAGCUGCUUACCUCAAGAUACGCACGCGUAAGAGGCCUCUCAAGCUGGGCCGAAAGAUCUACGAGUUCUACGCGGCGCCCGUCACGAAGUUCUGGAGCCACGCUAUUGCCUACGGAAUAUUUCUUUGCUUCUUCACGUACGUGGUUCUUGUGAAAAUGCGCUCCGAACCAACCUGGCAGGAGGUCUACGUCAUUGCCUAUAUUGUGACCAACGCCUUUGAUUUGUUUCGGCAGGCAAUGAUGUCGGAGCCCGAGAACUUCACCCAGAAGAUCCUUGUCUGGGCUGCGAAAAAGUGGAAUCCUUGCGACGUUGUCGUCAUCAGUGUCUUUCUGGUGGGAAUGUUUAUGCGCUUCAGCACGUCCACACAGGCAGAGGGCCGGCUACUAUACUGCCUCACCGUGAUGUACUGGUACAUCCGGCUUCUGGACAUUCUCAGCGUGAAUAAAUACCUCGGUCCUUACGUCACCAUGAUCGGCAAAAUGGUGAUAAACAUGAUGUACUUCGUGGUCUUACUGCUCGUGAUACUGAUGAGCUACGGAGUGGCGAGACAAUCUAUUCUCCACCCGCAAGAAACCGCGUCCUGGGGUCUCAUCAAGAACAUAUUCUUCAUGCCAUACUGGAUGAUCUACGGCGAAGUGUUCGCCGACAGCAUCGACCCCGUCUGUACGAACGAGGGCCAGCCUGGCGAAUAUACCUGCCAGACGGGCAGCUGGAUCAACCCGGCAAUUAUGGCCGUCUACCUCUUGGUCGCCAAUAUACUGCUCGUCAACCUCCUCAUCGCUGUGUUCAACAACAUCUUCAUCGAGGUGAACGCCAUCUCCCAGCACGUGUGGAAGUCGCAGAGAUUCACGGUGGUGAUGGAGUACGAGCAGAAGCCGCUGCUUCCGCCGCCGCUGAUCGUGCUGUCGCACGUGCACCUAGCCAUCAAGUGCGGCGUGCGCUGGUGGAAAGGCAAGAGCCGCACCUUCGACCACGGACUCAAGCUGUUCCUGGAUGAGCCAGACAUCGAACGUAUUCACGACUUCGAGCAGGAGUGUGUCGAGGGCUACUUUCGCGAGCAAGAGACUCAGAAGCAGAUGACUACCGAGAACCGUGUCUUCACUACCACUGAGAGAGUGGACGCCAUGUCGCAGAGGGUGGAGGACAUUCACCAGUGGGAGAUGAAGGCCAACGCCACCAUCCAGGGUUUGGACAUCCGACUAAACCAGCUCGAGCACCUCUCGGAGCAGAUCUCCACCUCGCUACAGCGCCUGCUCGAGGUGCAGGAGCUGGACCUCGAAGACAGCCGCAGUCCGUCGGCCGACAGCGACAACACGGCGAGUCCGACUGAGCACGGUCCCAGGACUCCGUCACCGCCGCCAUCGCAGCCUCCACAGCCGCCAGCAUCAGCAGAACAGAGCUCCGAGACCAGCAGGAGGCCAGAAGAGACUGCGCCGGUGUCUCCCAAGAGGCCGGUUAUGAUCGCGCUAUCGGCGCCCGACGGCACGUCGGUGGCACCGCCAGACCUCCUCGUACGGCAGGGCUCCGGCAGGCGGCGCGGCGGCUCCAUCCGAAGGAAGACGGCGCACCAGCGCCUCAGCCGACAGCUCACGGUAGCCACCAACGAAGUGCUCGACAUGGCUUCGCAGAAGCGAAAGAAUCUGCAGCGCUGGCAGAGCGUCUGCCAACCUGAUGUUGGCGGUGGCAGUGACAUACUGCAACAACACCAAGCCUCUGGCAGGAACAGCCGUCUGGAGCGGGGCAUGUCGUGCGUGAGCCGAUGGACCGAACCACGACCGGCGGCCACUAGCACUUCUCGAGCUCCCUUCUUGUCGGCUUUGCGCGGCGAAUACACGAGCAUUACGGAUGAACUGGAGAGCACGGCGUGCCUGCUUCCGCCUCCGGAGAGUCCCACCUCUCCGGCACCGACUCCCAUGGUGGCGGCCAUAGCGGCCGAAACGGAGAUCCUGAGGGACGCCGAGGCGGCCGACUACCAGAUGAUGGGCGGCAUCAUCCAAAGGCGCCUGCAGGGAGAAGAAGCCGCUUCGCUCGAGGAACUAAGCGACUUCGCCGAGGAGUCGUCGGACGUCGAGGAGAUCGUGGGCACCGGCUCGCGGCGCCUCACGAUUCGCGUCACACCGGCGCCCGACGACGACAACCAGCGAAGAAGGGCUAGCUUACCCAGCGGCGCCGAAGUUCCCUGACGGUGGUGUGACCGCAGCCUUCUUCCGUCUGGCCGGUGCGCGCAUGCGUAUAGGUUCUCACACAGCGUCGACCUUCCUUUAUCUAGAGGGCACCCUUAAAUACCACCUUUAAGGCUCAAAGAAUGUUCAGCCCUGAGACUGGGUUUCUUCACGCAGCAAGCGAUAUGAUGCAGGAUGCGUGGACAAAAACCAGCAUUUGAAGAUAUUUCGCUGAAGGUUAGUCUGCUGUGGCGACUCCGUGAAGGUUUGUGGCGGUCUUUUCAAGCGCAUCUCACUUUAUGCAAUUGAAGUAAAUAGAAACCAAGCAACUAAGCGAAGCUAACAUACACCACCGCUUACUGUAAAUACAGGACCAAAUCUGGC